AUGGCUACAUGUCGCUAUGAUGAAAUCACGUGCUCUGGUGAUUGCUCCGGUACAAUUAUUGUUUGGAGUAAAAAUAUUAAAGGAGUUCAACUGAAAAUAGCGACGCAGCAUCCUAUAACUGCCAUAAAUGUGCUGCGCAAGCAAGUUAUAAUUGGCACUGUUCAAGGACGAGUUUUGUUCUACUCAAUUUCUGGCGGUGAACUAAUGGCUGAGAUUUGCGCCCAUGCAAGAUCAGUGACGUGCAUCUCUGUCGCACCCGAAAGUGCAUAUGUCUUAACUGGAUCCGAAGAUGGGCGAUUUAUUGUGUAUAAGUUGCACACUAGGAAGCCACAAGCCUAUCAAGUGGAGUAUCGCUUUUCCGACGAACUUCCACACUGUGCGAUAAUGGGCGCUCAGUUCACAAAUGGUCGAGGAAGCAGUAUAGCAGUCGCUUGUUUUGAUCGCAACUCUAUCUAUGGAUAUCGCAUAGUUAAGAAAGUAGCAUCUUAA